GCGCGCGCGCGGCGCGGGCCGUUUAGGCGGGAGCUGGUGAGGGGAGGCCGCGCAGGGGCCUGGAGCGGCCUGGGCCUCGCCGCCUGGGUCCUGCGACCCCGGCCCUGCACCCUCUCUCACUCAUCGCCGGUGGAGGCCUCUCCUGCCCGUCGUCAGGUGGCGGCAGUAGCUGCUGGUGGAGGCGGCCUGUUUUCCCCCCACCCCGAGUUGAAAGUCGUCAGGGGUUGAGGGUGGCUCUUCUGCGCUGGGUUUGGCCUCUGGCCUCCCCCCUUCUCCUGGCCCAAGAUGCUGGUCGCCUGCGGCAUGCAGCGGUGUCAUCAGGAAGCGCUGAAGAAGAACCGGGUGGUGCUGGCGAAGCAGCUGGUUUUGAAGGAAUUGAUGGAACAUAUGAUAGAGAAGGACAUCAUCACCCUGGAGAUGAUGGAAACGAUACAGGCCAAGUGUGGGAGCUUCAGCCAAAACGUGGAAUUCCUCAAUUUGCUGCCUAAGAGGGGCCCUAACGCCUUCUCAGCCUUCUGUGAAGCUCUACGAGAAACCAAACAGGAACAUCUGGAGGCACUGAUCUUGAAGACAGCAUCCAACCUGAGCCAUGGGAUUGCAAGGCUUGAACACUGUUGUGGAUCAAAUCUUCCGUUCCCUGUCAGUGAGUCGUGUAAUUCCAAGAGACCGCGCUGGAUUGAACCAAUUGAACAUUCCUUGGAUAAUGGAGAUGGUCCCCCAGUUCCUCCAGUGAAGUACUGCACUCCUGAAUUUUAUCAUAACCAUCAGCACUUGGCAUAUAAACUGGUAUCAGAGCCCCGAGGUUUAGCACUUAUUCUCAGCAACGUCCAUUUCAGCAGUGAGAAGGAUUUGGACUAUCGCGCAGGGGGAGAUGUGGACUGUGCUUCCCUGGAGACACUUUUCAAGCAUCUUGGGUAUCAAGUGAAUGUCUUUCAUGAUCAAACUGCACAGGAGAUGCAGAAUGCAUUGGAGAGAUUCUCUAAGCUGCCGGAUCAUCGGGCUGUGGAUUCCUGUAUUGUAGCUCUGCUUUCCCAUGGUGUGGAGGGUGGGGUUUAUGGCAGCGAUGGCAAACUGCUACAGUUGCAGGAGGCUUUCCGGCUCUUUGAUAACGCAAACUGUCCAAAUCUCCAGAACAAGCCCAAAAUGUUCUUUAUUCAGGCCUGCCGGGGAGAUGAGACGGACCGGGGAGUGGACCAAAGAGAUGGGAAAGAACGGUCAGAUUCCCCAGGCUGUGAGGAAAGUGAUGCAAACAAGGAAGAAAAUCUCAAGCUGCGCCUGCCUACCUGUUCCGAUAUGAUCUGUGGAUACGCUUGUCUGAAAGGCACUGCGGCCAUGCGAAACACCAAACGUGGAUCCUGGUAUAUUGAGGCUCUCACCUCUGUGUUUGCAGAGGACGCCCGAGACACUCAUGUGGCUGACAUGUUGGUGAAGGUGAAUAGGCAAAUCAAGCAACGAGAAGGCUAUGCCCCAGGCACAGAAUUUCACCGCUGCAAGGAAAUGUCAGAAUAUUGUAGCACUCUCUGUCGGGACCUUUACCUGUUUCCUGGCUAUCUGCCAGGAAAAUAACCCUGCCAGCUAUUUUGGAAGAGACAUACUGCCAAAGCUGAACUCUGAGUAUGGAUGUCUGUGUUUUCAUUCCUGUGGGCUGGGAUAUCAGAUGUGCAAACAAGGAAUGCUUGUUUAUAUCUGGCCAGUCCAAUUCUUGAUGUCUUUUUUUUAAAACGCUCUGGCAACUUUCUUUGUAACCUGAUUCAGUUCAGGCUUUAACAUUCUAAUAUCCUGACUUGCUCCAUAUGUAUAGAAAUUGGUGGAAAAAGCAUCAGCACUGGGAUGGGGAGGAAGUGGGAACAUCCUUUGGAAGGAAACAUAACGAUGUUUGCAAGCGAAGAAACAGACUAUUCGUACAAUCUUUUUAAAAGUCGAGCCUUUCUGAAAGGAAGAUUAUUCAUAAAAUGCUGUUUAUCGUGAAUUUUAAAAAAUUUUAAAUGCUUUCUACUUGAUUCUUCAUGUAGGACGGUCAGCUCCUGUGUAUAUUAGAAAAGGGCUCCCCUGUGAAGGAGAAUCCUUCCUGUCUCUAAAAAGGAAGGUUGAUGUUUUCAGUGCUUGACACUUUUCUAUACAUCUUGAUCACUUAAAAGUCUAUUUUUGCACAUUCCUUCAGUAGCCAAGUGGUUAAGAGACAUCCCAGGUUAUCAAUAAAAGAGGAUACAGGAUUUUUAUACAGACAAAUAAGCCUCCAUAAACUGCCCCAGAAAAGGUUUUGAAUCUAGAAGUUCUAGAUUGGCUCCCCUUAGUCGCAAGAGUGAACUGCAUGGAGGAGGAAUUCCUCCUGUUGAGGAAUUUGUUUGCCAUAGUGCCUGUGUGUCACAACAGGCAUAGCAUUAAAUUAACCAGCUUCUCAGGAGUCUAUAAAUUGCACUGUACCAGUGGAUCCGUGAAACCCUACAGCCUUGUACAGAAGGAUCUUUUGUCUUUUGUUUAAUUAACAAAAAUAUUCAAGGCAGCUCUUUACAAUCUAAGCGUGUUGCUUGGAUUAUUUAUCACUGCAGGUUUUUUCCCUUUUAAAUGAAAGGGAAGAGUUUCAUGUUAUUACCUUAUUAGGUGAGUUUUCUUUCUUCAACCAUAAUCAUUUAAGGCAUUUGCUCAGCUCAUACUGUUUGGAAAGUGUCAUUUCAACUGGGCAAUAAGAAAUGUUGUGACAUAUAGUCCAUCACUUAUUUUGGAAAUUUUUUACACAGUCUCUUCAUGCUGUGAUUUGUCUCUUGCUUGUUUCCAGUUGCAGUUACUCCCAUUUGAUGUGAUGUGGGAGAUGGGCAUUGUUCUCUUUCUGUGGUAGAACCUAAAUCCUGCUGUGCUGGGUUACAUGUGGACUACAGUCUGCUCACUUGACUCUCCAUCUUCUCCAUUUUGUAGUAGUAAACUGGCGUAGUUCCUGGCUUACUCUUUUUAUGUAAGUGUGGCUUUAAAAAUAUUUUUUUCAGGAUAGAAUUAUGAAUAGGAAGCACAAAGGGAUAUGGAGGGAGGCUGGAAAACUAGGCAUGUGCUUUUUCUUUUUUUUUUUUUAUUGUUCUGCCUGGGAAAAUGAAGGCUGUGUUUCCUCCAGCUGACAAAGGUGCAGCAUUAACAUGCAUCUUGCACUUAUCAUACAUACAACGUGAUGAAGAGAAGAAGAAUCAUACUUGCCAAUUGGUGCCUUAUUCUGAAGUUUAAGAUAUCAGUUUAGGGGCUGUUGUUACCUCCCUGGAGUAUAAACACUUUCUUCCUGAGUGCUCUUUGAAAUGGUGCAAUAUUUUACAGAUGGGUAUGUUGAUGAAGCUGUCCAUUCUGAUGGAUUACAUUUCUGUAGGAUUGCAUCAAGUCGCAUUAUCACUGCCACUUUCGUAUAUACUUUUUGUAUACUUGUAUUUUACUGCCUUGAGGUGUCAAAAUAAAGAGUUCUGGUUUGAUUAA